GGUUGCAAGUUAAGAUAAUGUCAAUUAAUAGAUGUGAUUUCAUAUUUGCGAUGCAAAAACAACUUUAGUUUUUAAAAAUAUUGAUAUACCAAAUUGCGAAAAAAAAUCCAUUGUUUGAAGAAUAUUUUUGACUAAGGAUUUAAAAUUGUGUGGUUCGCAGAAAAUAUGGCAAGUAGAAUUAAAUUUUUGAUUUUUACUAUUUUCACGCGAAAAAAAAUUAUUUUUAAACUUCUUAAAAUUAUGAACAUUCUCGAAUCGGGAAACAUUCAGAUCGCAUAUGCGAUACAAUAAAAUUUAUAUCGUUGUGUCACUUUAUCUAAACAUACAUUUUGUUAAAGCUCUUCUCUCUUGAUUGAUUAGUUUGACUUUUUCUGUUCUGACAUGUUCUAACUUGUCUCAAGCUCACGAGAUUCAAUUGGCUGCUCUUUCUUAUCAUCACUCAGAGUGGUGGAAGUAUAAUUCAUGUUUCGCUCUCUGGCCAUCAGAGAUAUUUUGAAGAUCAUCCUUUUGUCUUAGACAUAAGAAAAUUCCCCAAAACUUGGCUGAAUUAUGUCAAUAUUAUUCGAAUUUCACAUUUAAAACGCGAGUCAAACUAUUUGAAUACUAAUAGAUAUAGUGGCCAUAAGAGAGAAAUAGACAUGAAAGUGUUUUUCAUGGUUGAGAACUGUACAUAAUGCAAAUUUUGGAUACAGUCUAAUUAUAUCCAGUGGUUAUUUUUUUACAUAUUUGUUUGUACCGAUGCACGUCUAGUUUUCAAUUGAUACUUUGAAUACCAGAAAAUGAUGGAAAAUGCUAAAUAUGUCUUUACAAGAAGUACAUGAUUUUACGAGGAUUAUGCGCCUUUCACAAGGAUUAUGUGCAAUUGAGAUGGAUUAUGUGCUUUUUAUUAAGAAUAAUAAGACAAUUGGAAUAUGUGUCACUCAUAAGGAUUACGUGCAUGAAACAAGAUUGGCAGUUUUUAACUACUUUGUGCUUUUCUAUGAAUUGGAUUAAUACAUUAUCAGCAAUAGUUGUUGGUGCCGUGAAGGUUGCGACUUAUGGAUUAAUGCCAGCUCAUCUUCCUGCCAUGAAGUCUGCGAAGAAAAUAAGCAGGGCUUCAAUAGCAAAAUGGGAUUAUAUUGUGUCCGUGGAUGCAGUAUAGCUAUCAAUUUGUACAUGAAAGCUAUGAAAGAUGAAUUUGGAACUCCUGCUCAACCAUACCUUGUCGCUGAAACCCGCACAAACAGUUCCAUCACGAUUCGUUGGGUGCCGAGUCAGUAUCGUAAUAUCUCAUACCUUGUGCAGUGGCGCAAAGAUGGAUCGCACCAGACCGAUUGGGAAUACUACGAUCCUAUUCAUUUAUUGAAGGAUAACUAUCUCAAUGUUGAAAACUUACAUCCUUAUACAAAGUACAGAUUUCGUGUUGCAUGGAUAUUACUGAAGAAUUAUCCUCCUUUGUUUUCGGAAGAGAGUAUUGUCAUAUCAACAUUACCUUAUGGAGCUCCCUCUACAGCUCCUGUGAUUACGUGCUUAACUGUAGUGAGUCCUAGUCGUGUGUCCUUAAGUUUUGACCCACCUCCAUAUCCCAACGGACCUAUUUUAUCUUAUGUAUUGUACAUAUACGAAUACCCCAGUGGAAACAUUAUGAUUAAGGAUAUUUCUGAUACAUCAGAUGGAUUGCACUACAUGAUAAAUGGUUUGAAAGAAAAUACAACAUAUAAAGUUUUGUUAAGUAUAAGGAAUUCAAUGGGCGAAGGACCCAUGGACGAACGGAAUGUCACAACAUUGUCAAAAGAGACGUCCAGUGAACAUCACCCUCCUGCGUUCCUAAUUUUUGGAACAGAGCGCAGUGUUUUAAAACAAGGAUUACGCAUUCUCGAUGAUGCUCAUGUUUUGUAUAAAGUUCGUAAUGAAUCAGCAUACAUCACAGGUAUUGCUUUAAAUCUUCAGCGAAAUCUAUUUUUCGUCUCUGAUUCUACAGGAAACGUUUAUAUGGUAGAUUUAAGGGGAGCAAACAGAAUAAAAAAGAUCAUUAACUCAAGUCCGAAUCUCCCAACUAAACUCACAUUUGAUUGGCUGAACAAUAAACUAUAUUUAGCUGAGGAAAAACAAAUAUCUCGAUGUGACAUUAAGGGAAUCAAUUGUGAAAUAGCAUUGGCAAAUAUGAAACAUAAAGCUAAAGAUAUGCAUGUGGAUCCAUUAAAUGGAUACUUAUACUUCAUCGCGUCAAAUGGAUCACUGAAUGGCGGCUUAUACAGAGUAGAUUUAGUCCAAUUCGAAAGCGGAUGCGUCGACUUCGACAAAGCUCAACUAAUAGUAAACGACAACUAUUUGUCAGCGUUCGCAGUAGACCAUAAAAACUUUCGCCUCAUCCUACCAUCUUCUUCUAACAACACUGUUGUUUCAAUCGCUCUCGACGGCAACGAUGUGACAGACAUUCGUGAGAAUUCACAGACACCUCAGUACAGAAAUGUCAAAAGCAUAGCCAUCCAUCACGACUUGCUUUACUGGACAACAGGAAAUGAUUUGUUUGGAGAAGAAUACCACAAGAUGGAAGAUAAAUAUUAUCAAAAUGUGUAUUUUGUUGGAAACGGUCCCUUCUCAGCUUUGAAUGUUUACCAUCCAGAUUAUCAGCCUUAUCCCGUCCCCCUCAACCCAGUUGAGUCUGUUGAAAGUUUGUUUGGGAGCAAUACUGCGAAAAUCAAAUGGAUUAGUCCAAGAUUAUUGAGUGGUCAAGGCAAAGGAUCGUGGAGGAAAUGGUCUUACGAAGUUUCACUAACAGAUACAUCAAGAAAUGAACACGUGAAAGCCUUAAUUAACGAUACAAUUUAUGCAAUCAAAAAUCUUUGCCCGAAUACUACAUAUUCAGUAAAAGUUAGAGCUUACAGCACACGUGGUAAAGGUCCAUGGUCAUCUGAAUUUCGAGGAAUGACUCUCAAAAAAUCUGAACAUUCUUCUCCUUAUAUUCUAUGGGGUGCUCAAGAAGGAUUACUUAAAUCUGAUUUUGUUGGAGAAGGUGUUGAACUGCUUGUGCCCAAAAUAAAUCUUAAUAACGCACAUAUAACAGAUAUUUGCUGGUUUGACCAUUCUUUGUUCAUCAACACCAACACUUCUUACGUUUAUUUAUAUAAUAAACUUGAUGGUUUAACGAGGCUACAAAAUAUAACUUUAGCAUCAAGUAUAGCAAUUGAAUGGUUUGCACCUAAACUAUAUUGGUCAAGUCCAACUCAACAAAUGAUCUUCCGCUCAAACAUCGAUGGUAGCCAAGCGGAGCCUGUUCCUAUCCUAACAAUGGCAAAAGCAAUAGCUAUUGAUUCGACAAACGGCUAUCUCUAUUGGGCUACAUCGCAUACAGUUGAGCGUUCUCGUUUAAAUGGAAUGGAUCAUUUUGUUUAUUUAAAAAAUGCACUCUUCUCUGGAAAACAUGUGAUGGGAAUAAGCCUAGAUUUUGACAAGAAAAAUGUUUAUUGGAUGGUCAGAAGUUAUGAGGGAUCCAUAAUGUACCGAGCUUGCAUGGUGGACACCACUAAUCAAUGCAAUCCAACUGAACCAGAAAUACUUGGAUCACUAUCUCUGGAUGGUUUGCAUGGACCAGUUUCAUAUUUUGCCAACAGACUUUUUUAUUUCCACGAAAGUCACAAAUCCUUUGUGAGUGAUGUCAACGGGAAGAAUUUUGCCCAGAUGGAAGGCGUUGGCUUAGAAGGGUUGUCUUCAAUAGAAAUCAUCGAUAAUUCUUUGCAUGCCUACCCAGAAAAUUAUGACAGAACAUCGAUCAAGGUAGUACCCACUUCCGUUAAUGGAGAUUACAUUCAUGUCAACGGAACGCAUGAUUGUUUCAACAUCACGUGGCAGCCAGAUGCUAUUGUGAACUACGGCACAGUCUUGUAUGAAAUAAAGGUAGAUGACGGUGAUGAAGUUUACACAUUGAUUACCAAUGAUACAAUAUUUACUUAUCCAACAAUGAAACGAUUACCACCUUAUAGUCUGCUUACGGUGACAGUUCAAGCUUUUACAUAUUGGGCUUCAUCAAAGUUGACAGUCGCCACAUUAUAUUCGCCUAUGUCAAUUCCGUCCCAGCCGAUUCACCCAAGAGUUUUUAUCACUCACAAAUCCUCUCCUCUGCACGGUGAUCAAGAAAUUGUUGCAGACUUCAGAUGGUCACCCCCAAAAGACGAAAAUGGAAUCAUUAGUUAUUAUCAAAUAAAUUGCUGGAUGGUUGAAGAUGGUGAAAAGAUGACUGCAUGCGAUUCAAACCUCCUCGUAGAUGGGAAAUUUCUUCAAUACCAAAUAAAAGGCUUGCUUCCCAACACAACGUAUUAUUUUCAAGUUGAAGCAAUUACUGAAGCUGGCAUAGGACCGCCAAGUGUAAUAGUGGAAGCUCAAGCUUCAGUUGAAAGGCCCGUACCACAGCUACUUCUUGCUAAGUCUGAUAGUGUAAAAGUAGCUGACUUUGACAUACACGAAGAAAAAUUAUUGUAUGGAAAAGCCACUCAGCCCGCAGCAAUUGCAUACCUUGCUCAAGAGCGAAGAGUAUUCUGGAUGGAACACGAUGCAUUAAGAUCGUCCAUUGACGGAACUAAUGCUUCUCUGAUCAAACAUUUAUCCUCUGAAGGUACAUGCAUGGCCGUUGAUUGGAUCGGAAGACAACUGUUUUGGGCUGAAGUUGACAAAAUGAAAAGAAAUAGUCAAGUGUUUUCUGUUGACCUGAGUUAUGAUAGUUAUCCCAAAAUGCUUUUCAACAGUUCUGCAGUAAUUAGUAGUUUAGAGGUUGAGCCGUUUUCAGGGUCUCUUAUUUGGACUGUGGCUUCUGGAAAUAACUGUAGCGUGAUGAUUUCCGACAUGAAUGGUUCAAACAUUCGCCCAUUUUUUGCCCGCAACUAUGAAUAUCAUGCCACAGCUAACAGAAUAAAAGUCAAGAGAACAGCCGACCUUAAAAAACCAUGCAAUUGCAAUCCAACAUCGUCUGUUGGACAGGCUAUAACGAUAGACAGUGCUAACAUUUCUCAACCAAAUCUCAUUUUCAUAGACGAUUUCUUGAUAUGGUCUUCUGAUAUGGAAGGAUGCUAUUGUGAGCCGAUUUUGAAUGCAACAGAAAAACAAAAUUCCGGUCUUCCACCGACUUCUAUAACAGUAGAUAACUCGCACAUAUAUUGGCUAAAUAAAACUAUAGGCAAGGUAUAUAGAAUCAAGAAAUCGGAGCAACAUCUCGACACUGAAAGGCAUCAAUAUGAUGAACUCAGUCAGAAGAAUAUCAAAACAGAAGAGAUAAGAGGAGUCAGAACUAUUAGAGCGAUUGGUAAUCAUUUGCAGCCUUAUCCUGAUGCAUCCUGUCUUAUCUCUCUGACUUACAAGGAAGCUGCCAGGCUCCUGAAUCGAACCUCUCAUAGUUUGACCCUGUACCUGCCACCAGUUCAUCGCCCUAAGAUAUGUAGCAAAAUAUCCUCGCCUUCAGUUAUGUACACGUUGUUUUAUGGUCCUUCAAGCAAUUCAAGUACAAGAGCUUGUUUCUUCACCAAAAAUAAGAACCUAUGCAAGACUCUGAGCACCUAUGAAAACAUCAUAACAAUUAAAGAUCUGUUGCCAUUUAAUAACUACUCCAUAAGUGUGGCAGUGAGGAACUAUUACAGUGAAAGAUUAUCUGAUCUAAGUCCGAUUGUUACAUAUCGAACUGAUGAAGGAGUUCCAUCUGCUCCUGUGAAUGUAACAGCUAAAGCUAUGACUCCAUUCAAGAUAGAGGUGACCUGGGAACCACCAUUGUUUCCCAAUGGGUAUCCCAUUUCAUACGGCGUGCAAUGGAAAGUGUUUAACUCAACUAAGGAUUCUUUACUGAGCAUCCAACCACUCUGUGGCCUCGAAUCGAAUUCUGAUUUGCGUGCAACUAUAGAAACCUCAGAAGCUGGAAAGGAUCAUUACAUAUCGGUGAGGGCUUACUCUUCCAAUUGCAAAAUGUUUAAUGACAGUGAAGAAGUAGUAGCCACAACUUUUCAAAUGCCAAACAAUUUGACUCUUCUCAAUGCAACUUCAACAACUCUGAACAUUCUAUGGAUUUCACCUGAUGAUGACAGUAUUAGUUAUCACACUUUAGAACUCACACAGAAAGGAAUAUGGAUUGCCCAUUCCAAUGCUGCGUCAACUGAACCUUCAGCAUUCAACAUAUUUGCAAUUGAGAACUUAUCACCAAAAACUAAAUAUGUUUUCCGAUUAAUGUUAAUAUAUAAAGAUAGUGAAGAACCAUUUGUAUGGCCUCAGAAUUUUGUCUCCGAGUUUUCUACAAUCGGCGAUGUACCAAGUGUGCCAGGUAUACCUCUAGUGAAACCCAUAGGGAAGGAAGUGUACCAAGUAACCUGGGACGAAGCCCUCAACAAUGGCUAUUUAGAUAUUACAUAUGAGUUAGAAAUGAAGUCAGAUAAUGAAGAUGCUGGGUGGAUUUUUGUGACCAACAGUUCAAUUAAUCAAUGGAUUGUAAACAAUUUUUCUGGGAAUCAAUAUUACGAGUUCCGAGUCCGCGCUGUGAAUGAAUAUGGUCCUGGAAUGUUUAAUUACUCAGAGAAAUCAUUCUUUCUACCGGAUGCAGGAGCUCUUGUUGACCAAGUUGAAAACUCCUUUGGAAUUAUCAUCGCUGCCAGCAUUGCUACAGUUAUGCUAUUCAUCAUAUUAACUGCACUUUACAUAUUUCACAUGAAGAAGGAGAAGUGCAAGAAGAUACUUCAAGAAGUAACAUCCUCAAAUCAACUUGUUCCAGAUUUAGAAUUAGCGACAUUACAAGACUUGCCCAUACAUCCAAAUUUUAUUCACCAAACGAAUGCACUCUACAAUUUAAAUGACAUGCUGCCAUCAGAUGAGGAAUUCCUAUCCUUGCCUCAAAUCCAUAAAGAUCAAAUAGUUGCAAUGGAAUUUUUAGGAAGUGGAGCUUUUGGAGAAGUUUAUUCUGGCAUUGUCUAUGGCUUAAGUAGUGAAGCACCCAUUUUAAAGAUAGCAAUAAAGACUCUGAAGAAAGGUGCAACUGAACAUGAAAAAGAUGAAUUCAUAAAAGAAGCCAAAUUAAUGAGCAAUUUCAAGCAUGAGCACAUACUCCAGCUUUUAGGCGUUUGUUUUGAUAAUAAUGCCAAUUUUAUAAUUUUGGAAUUGAUGGAAGGAGGUGAUCUUCUCUCCUAUCUUCGAAGUAAUCGACCAAUGAUAGUCCAAAAUAGUAAUUUAACCUUGGAUGACCUUCUUAUAAUUUCAAUAGACGUGGCAAAAGGUUGCAAGUAUUUAGAAGACUUACAUUUUGUUCAUCGUGAUUUAGCUGCCAGGAACUGCCUUGUGUCCAGCUAUGACCGGGAGCACAGAAUCGUGAAAAUUGGAGAUUUCGGACUUGCCCGUGAUAUCUAUAAAAACGAUUACUACAGAAAAGAAGGUGAGGGAUUGCUACCUGUCCGGUGGAUGGCACCAGAAUCUUUGAUUGAUGGCAUAUUUACUAACCAGUCGGAUGUAUGGGCUUUUGGAGUUCUGCUGUGGGAGGUGAUGACUUUGGGACAACAGCCAUAUCCUGCUCAAUCUAACAUGGAAGUUUUAAAUUAUGUCCGUGAAGGAAACCAUUUGGAUAAACCGAAAAAUUGUCCUGAUGACAUGCACGAUAUUAUGGCAAGAUGUUGGAGUUAUAAUGCUGAUGAUCGUCCUACAUUUUGCUACUGCCUUCGUGCGUUGCAAGAAAUACGAAACAAACUCAUUCAGACACCUAGUGUAUUAACAGCUGUUUAUAACUACAAUUACUUCAAUGACACUAAUUUAGGUUUUGACAACUUAGGAUAUAGUGGAAGCGUGUUGAAUACUUCAUCUGUUACAUCUUCCCUGACGGAAAUAUCUUACUUCGCAGCAUCAGGAACGUAUAUUGGACGAGGCAUUGAUGCAGAAAAUGAUCAGAACAAAUUUUUAGAUCAUAACUUAGAUUCUCGUAGUACUCAUAGCUUUCCAGCAACACUUCUUGAUCAUGAGACAAACCCUUCCUCAUUUAGAAGAUCUCUGUCAUGGACGCAUACACCAUUCGAGACUGAAAGAAAUCAAAUGUCUGCGUCCUUUAGAAACCCAUCACAAAUAAGGCGCACCGCCAACAAAUACCUCGAAAUACUGGGCGACAAUGAAGAUGCAGAUGGCUACCAACUCCCACUAACCUUCCAGAAAACGCCACCACCCAAUGAACCACUACCGAUGGCCUUUUACCAAACGCAGUGCAAUCCAACAUAUUCCUCCACUAUCCAGCUCAAAAAUCCUUCAAGCACCCCUGAUGCAGUUGGGGAUUAUGAAAUUCCCAAAGACAUUUCAAAUUCAACUCCAGAUCCACGUGAACUCGUGAAAAAAUAUCCAUCAUUUUGCAAUGAAAUGGACAGGAUUUUGCAUCCUGAUGAUUCCUCAGAUAGAUCGAGCACCCCAUCAUCCAUGUACUCUGAAGACUGUUGUCUAGCUACUUGUGAUAGCUGGUCAGAUUCUACGGCGUCCACUUGCCCUUUGGAGUUGACGCCUGAGUGUCACAGCAGUUAUGAUUCAGUAUCAUUUCCUCCCAUACCCGGUAUAACACUGGAAUCGCAGGACUCAUCUUGUUGUUGAUGUAACUACACUGUUUCAACAUACUGUACUUUGUAUAUUGCCUACUUAACGCAGUAUGAUUUGAUUGUUCCAUUAUUCAACAAGAUUAGUUAUUCAACAAUCGACAAUCGGAUGUCUUGGAGUGGGAGCCUUUUGAAAAAUGCCAUUUUAAUGCCAGUUACUAAUAUAGUUAACAUUGUAAAUUAUUUUUGGAACAUAUCAUAUUACUUGUUUCUAUGGUUCAGAGAUUCAUAUGUGCCCGUACUUUGUUGUAGAAUAACAUGCGAAAUCGUGAUUAACAUUCCAGUCAUUGUGAUUUACUCAAUGAAAUCGACAUCCUUCAAAAAAGUUGUACAUAUUUUAUGGAAAUCUUUAAAUUAGUUAGCAAAAUUAGGAAAUAACAAACCGUUUUUAUAUAAAGUAAUGAGGGCAUAACAAAACUAAGUUCAUUUUUGACAAAAGUAGUCAUUGAAAUUUAAUGACAUUUUGGUCAUAUGCCAUUUUUUAAAAUUAGCACGUAUAAUAAAAUCUGUUAUAUAAGAAAGAAUCAUCUUGCAAUUAUAAAAAGCUUUAACACAGUUUUAGUGCAAUAAAUUAAAAAGGCUAUAAUUAAAAAAAAUAUUUAUUGUAACUUGUAAUUCAUAAAAAGAAAAAAAAUAUUUCGCAUGUGCAUCUAAUGUCAUACAUUUUACAAACAUCAUUUGUUUCAUACUUGUAUAUAGUCACAUUCAUCUGUUUAUCGACCGUUUUUUAAUCCAUUUUUUAACAUCAUAUUUGUAUAUUUUUCAUACCAUGCAGUUUUAUAAAAUUUACUCAUCUGUUGCGACUAUUUACAAAUAUAUUUAUUUAUUAAAAAAAAGGAAUUGCUGCUCAACUUGAAAUGUACCUAACUAAUUUCUGCUAUUUAGAAAUUUAAAUUAAGUUUAAUGUAGUGCGUGCAGGGUGUUCCAAAAUGAUCACUUUUCAUAUGCAUUUAGAAUACUUGUCAAAAAGUAAAGUACUCACAUUAGGCAACGCUAUUUAAUAUUUAAGCAAGGAAGAAUCAAAAGCCCUUCAGAAGUCUGUCUAACCAUUUGUGAGAAACGCGAAAAUAAAAAUAUCAAGACCAGUUUAGUUGCUAUGUGAACCUUAGAGGUGUUUCUAAGAAUUCAUAUUUCAACUGUUCUUUGUUUCCUUCAGCAAUCAAACAAGUUUUGACAUUUUCUGACUCGUUUUCAUUGCAAGUGAUUAUUCAAGUUUGGAUGAUGCUUUUCGCUUAAGUAUUAAAGUGUAAUCCGUAAUGUGUAUACUUUUUUUACUUCCUUUUUGGUAAGUAUUCCAAAAAUAAGGACGAUUAUUGCAGAACACCAUGCAAAGAUUUUAAUUGCUAUUUGCCUCAAAAAAGUCCUGAAAGUUCUUAUGAAAUUAAAAUUAAUUAUUUAAAGCUAUUAGAAAUUAGAAUAUUGUAUGCGAAGACCUCCAAGUUAAUUAGCUUAACGUGGUCUUACAGUCAAAAUCUAACUUGAGUAGUUUAAACUAACUUUAUGUGGUCUGAAAAUAAUCUGUUGUAUUAAGACAUCCUGAUGCAUUGUUAUGAAACUUAUCCUGAUGAAUUGUUGUAUAUUUUGAAAGUUGUUUUCAUCAAUACUUCAUUAAGUCACAUUGCAUUUACUUCAUGAACUUUGUAUAUUUGUAUUAUUUGAAUAUUUUUACAUUUGGAUGAGCUUUGAUAGUCAGUAAUGUCUAUUCUUCGAGAUUUCUUUUCUCAGCAUUAUUGAGGAAAUGUCAUAAAUUUCUAAAAAUUCUAUAAAGGACUUUUGGAUGAGCUUUGAUAGUCAGUAAUGUCUAUUCUUCGAGAUUUCUUUUCUGAGCAAUUAUUGAGGAAAUGUUAUAAAUUUCUAAAAAUUCUAUAAAGGACUUUUGGAUGAGCUUUGAUAGUCAGUAUUGUCUAUACUUCGAGAUUUCUUUUCUGAGCAAUUAUUGAGAAAAUGUCAUAAAUUUCUAAAAAUUCUAUAAAGGACUUUUGGAUGAGCUUUGAUAGUCAGUAAUGUCGAUUCUUUGAGAUCUCCUUUUAGAGCAAUUAUUGAGGAAAUGUAAUAAAUUUCUAAAAAUUGUAUAAAGGACUUUAUGGCAAAAAGUGUUGUUAUUAUAAAAGCUUUAUUAGUCUAAAUAAAAAGUACCUUCAUUUAAAAUAAUGAAAACUUUUAAAUAUUUCUUAAUUUUUAUCUUUAAAUCUCCCAUAUUCAUUUAGGAUUAAACCUGAUAAUGGGAUCAAUCAGAAAAUUAAACUUUUAACAAUGGUUUAAUAACCACUGUUAAUGUUAUUUUAUAGUAAUAAAUCUGAUGGAAUUGUUUCAUCAUUAUAUGUGAGACGCUUGUUUUCAAAAUUAAAAACAAAUGUUUUUAAUUUAUAAUUUCUUCAAAAAUCAAUAAAACUGUAAUUUUAGUCUUGGAGCAAUAUUUGUGCAUUGUUUCUUGGUAUAUGAAAAGCAAACUUCGUUGCAAAUUUUAGAUUAAAAUUGUGAUUGAUAUUGUUUGUAACUGUUGCUCUUGUUGAAAAUCAAAUCUAACUGGAAAUUGUAAAAAAGUUAUUUUUGUUAUAUAUAUUUUAUACUAAAACAUACAUUUUAACAAAAAUUGUUUUGUAAAUAAAUUAGUAUCUUUUAA